UAAUAAGUUAAAUUAUAACGUUUUUAAUCAUAAACUUAAUUCUUUUGGAUGAAUGAACAUUGAGUCUAUGCUUGCUUUUUUAUAACUCAAAGUUAAAAAAAAGUUUUGUUCAAACUUUUGAAAACAAAGUUGAGGAAUUUCAAGUGCAUUAAUAUGUUUUUAAGUGGUUUGGUGCAUAGAUUGUGGUGUUUUGGCUGCGUGUGGACAUAUUUUGAAACGGGAUAAUGAAUGUAAGCGAGCGUUCAUCUCAUCCGUCCUCUGCUCAAAUAGAAGCAAUGAUUGACUUCCUGGAGAGAAACCCAGAUCUGGCAAAGGGUUUCUCAAAAACUCUAAAUGCCAGAGAGCGGAGUAGACGGCACUGGGAAGUUUUGUCAGAGCGCCUCAAUAGUAUGGGUGGGACGAUAAAAACAUACAAGCAGUGGACCAAAUAUUGGUCUGACAAAAAAAGUGCUGUUAAAAAAAAAGUAGCAGCACAGGCUGCAGCUAGACGUAGGACUGGUGGUGGGGUGGAGGAUGUAGCUGAACUAUCUGCAUUGGAAGAACGGAUAGUAGCUUUGUAUGGGGGUCCAGAGUUUGGCACUGGAGAUGCUCACUUGGGAAUCCAGCUAUUUUCGCAAUCUGACUCAACACAAUUGGUUCCCCCAGCCUCCUCUUUAAUACAAAGUAGUGGACAUUCCGAAGUAUCUAAUGUGCCACAGCUAGAAAACUUACAAGAAGUAAUACAACCUGAUGUUGUUUUGGCACCUGAGACACCAGAGGAAACACACCGCCGAAGCAAGAUUGUUAGAAGGCUAUUUGAAAGCUCAGAUAUUUUUCCUUCUGAGCCAAGCCAGAGUAGUUUACAGUUAUAUCACUCUGAACCCCGUCCCAGUACACCAGCACUUACUCUGUCCCACACUCCGACCCCACUUUCAAUAUCCAUUGCUUCGCCAUCUCGCCGCGGCGCUACCGCCGCUAUCAGUAGCCGUAUCACGUCUACAAUUGAAAGUGCUGGUUCUUCGUCAUCUAGACGUGUACAACCCCCUUCGCCACAACAGUCGCAUGCCGUAACGACUGAGGCUUCGCCAUCUCGCCGCGGCGCUACAGGCUCUGGCACAGGCCCCAGCCGUAGUGUUCCUUCCAGGCGACGUGCUGAGUCAUGUUUUAAUCUUUUUUUCAGCAUCUCGUAGUACGCGUGCGCCACCACCUUCUCAACGACGAACGGAAUUCUCGUCGAUUACUGACAGAUUUUUGAGAGUUGAAGAGCAGCAGAUAGAAAUUCAGCGGUCCAAUACACGCGUUAUGGCGACCAUGAUGGAGCGCAGCAUUGAGAGAGACGGAAUUUUCGCUAACGCUGUGGCGGCAGUGGGAGAAGGAUUAAAUGCGUUAGCAGAAGCUAUUAGAUUGA